UGCCUUUUGCCUUGCAUAUCUCAUUUGUUGUGUUGUAGGCCAAGGCGGUAUAAUCGUAUAAUGAUAUCAUAUCUGAAUUCUCAAUUAAAAUAAGGGAAGAGUGGAAGAGUUCAGUUAGAUUUAAACUUCCAUAACGACAAUGAUACAUUUUUGUAAAACCAGCGAUAUAGUGUAAACAAAAUCAUGACUCGAUCUCAGGAAGAAAUUAAUGAACAGUCCUUGUUCUGGAAGAAAGUGUUAUCAGCUGUAUUUUAUGGUAUUUCAUCUUUUAUGAUAACAGUGGUAAAUAAACUGGUGCUGACGACGUAUGGUUUUCCUUCAUUUCAAGUCCUAGGAAUAGGUCAAAUGGUUGCUACAAUAGUUGUCUUAUUUACAGCUAAAAAACUCAGAAUAGUUAGUUUCCCUAGUUUGGAAAUGAACACAUUUGGAAAAAUAUUUCCAUUGCCAUUGAUCUAUAUAGGAAAUAUGUUCUUCGGCUUAGGAGGCACCAAAGAAUUAAGUCUUCCAAUGUUCACAGCUUUAAGGAGGUUUUCCAUACUAAUGACAAUGAUUUUGGAGUUGUAUAUACUAGGAAUCAAGCCGAACUUUAGUGUACAGUUCAGUGUGUAUACCAUGAUAGUAGGUGCCAUAGUUGCAGCUAUAAAUGAUCUUGCAUUUUCAGUAAGAGGUUACGUAUUUAUUUUCUUAAAUAACUUUUUUACUGCUACUAACGGGGUAUAUAUGAAGAAGAAACUGGAUUCUAAAGAGUUGGGGAAGUAUGGACUUAUGUUUUAUAAUUCUUUAUUUAUGAUAAUACCAUCUAUUUUAUUUGCAAUUUAUUCGGGUGAUAUAGAAGCUACUUAUAACUACCAGUCUUGGAAUGACACACUAUUUUUGGUUCAAUUUUUAUUAUCUUGUGUUAUGGGAUUUGUUUUAUCUUACAGUGUAGUAUUAUGUACAUAUUAUAAUUCUGCUUUGACUACAACAAUUAUAGGAACUUUAAAAAAUAUUUGUGUGACUUAUCUGGGUAUGGUGAUAGGUGGAGAUUAUAUAUUUUCUGUAGAAAAUUUCUUGGGAAUUAAUAUAAGUGUACUUGGAAGCUUAGUAUAUACUUAUGUUACCUUUAGAAGAAAACCAACAGUUGUUCCUUAUUCACCUAUUGCUACCAGUGAUCCAAAGUCUGAAAAUAUUGUUUAAUGUUAAUAGAUUAAUUAUUACAAUGCCUUUUUUGAUAAUGUACAAAAGUCAUAGCAAUUAUUUGAUAUAGGAACAAAUAUUAUUUAAUAAACAGGAAUCUUGUUUUAAAUCUCA